AUCAAAAGCUCUUCUUACGUCAUCUGCGCGCGAAAGAGACGUGUGUUUUGUAUGAUUGUGCUCUCUGUCUACUGUGGUGUAAGAUGCGUUCAACUUCAUAUAUACGCUGAUUUAAAUUUCUGUGUGUCUAAGUUUGGCGGAGACGGAAUAUUGUUGCUUAUUCAUUUGUUUGAUAAGGAGAUUUGAAACCGUUUCAGAAAUUACCGGCUGACCUUGUAUCAGACCUGCGCCAUGAGCCGCUACAUCACAAGACUGAGAAUGAGAAGAGCCUACAAAUGGAAUGGGAGACCAGUCAGUAAAGACAGGAAGCUGAAAAGGCAAUACUACGAAUCCAUGUCCAUUUCUGUGGAGGGAAAGACAGAAGAUGUAACUGUGUCUUUAGGCCAGUACAUUUUGAUUGAAGGUGAUGAUGAUGACAAUCCCUUUGUGGCACAACUUCUCAAACUGUACACUGAUGAUUCAGGAAAGAAGAAGACUGCAGUAGUGCAGUGGUUUGUGCGGAUGUGUGAAGUACCUCAGAACAAACGCAAGCUCUUGGGCAGAGAUCCCCAUCCACAAGAGAUAUUUUUCUACCAGGACCGCUCUUGUGAUAAUGAGGUGGAUGGAGAGACCAUUCUCGGAGCAGUACAGAUUGAGUAUGUCCCAGUUGAGGAUCCUUUUCCAAAGGGCAAGAGCAAAGGUAUACUAUUUGUCAAACUCUUGUGGGAUACCAAAUCCUUCAGAGCAUUGAAUCCUGAGCUUAUGCAGCCCCCUCAGAGCUCUAAAUCUCCCCCACCAUCUUCACAUGGAACUCAGACUCGUGCUCUUCCAACCCCAGACCUCUCGGUAAUGAAACGGGCCAUGUCAGGCAUUCUCACCCGCGGCAGCAUGAGCACCGGCAAAAUGAGCUCCAGUGAGGCGGAGUCUCUCCACUCUGCCUCCAAACUUUCUGCAGCUAAAGCUCUUAGUGCUAAGAGGAGAAGCCGAGCCGUCUCUGGGCCACAUGUUCGCAAGAAGCUGGACUUGUGCAGUCCAAGUAAAAACAUGACCCGAGAUGAUGUUCUGGGAGAGAUUCUUGAUGAACACACAGAGAAAACGCUGACGUCUAAAUUGAACACGUCUCCAACGGGUCGCAUCUCCAUUUCUAUUAGAUUGACUCGACUUAAUCUUAAUGAGGAGGAGUGUGUCUCCCCUCUGUCCUCACACAGCCCUGAUAAACCCAGACUGACUGCAUAUGACAAAGACGAUGCAACCAGUGUCUUUCUUGGGGUGCAGCCUAUUGGGGAUGAUGAUCCAGAGCCACUAAUUAGCACAGGCAGAACUCCCCGGAAGAGAGAGGCAACCCCUAGGAGUGCAGGUCUAAGAGGCCUGAAGGCAAGAACUCCAUCCAGGAGGAAAGAUGCACUCCGAGAACCAGCACUGGCUGCUUUAGCUGAAGAGGAGCAUGAAUAUUCACCGGUCCAGACUGCUGCCACUCCUUGCUCUAAGAGGAAAUCUGCCCAACUUGAGUCCUCACGCAUCAGAAAGCAGCUAAAUUUAUUAGGCAACACGGUUGACCUGCAGUCAGAUGGUGAGGAUGGUGAUGAUGAUGACUGCUUCGUACCUGCUAAAAUUGACCUUCAAAGUAGCAGCGAUGAGGAAGAGGAGGCAAAGAUCGACAGCGAAGAUGAGCUUAUAGUAAAGAAGCGCAGAGGAUCCGGAACAUCCCGGUCUACUGAGAAAACCAGAGUCUCUGCUAGGACCCCACGUAAAACCCCCAGCAAAAAGACAGCUCCAGCCACCCCACGUACACCACGUCAUGCCACUCCCAGCAUACCCAGCAGGAGUGCGCCAGCCAAGAAGCCAGGGAAUGUUCUGGAAGAAGCACGGUUACAAGAGACAACUGUGCUUCUAGUAGACGAGCUUGACCUUUUGUGGACCCGUAAACAGAAUGUGAUGUAUAACUUGUUUGAUUGGCCAACAAGGCGCAACGCUCGUCUGGUGGUCCUUACCAUUGCAAAUACUAUGGAUUUACCUGAGAGGAUCAUGAUUAACCGUGUUGCUAGUCGACUGGGACUGACAAGAAUGUCCUUCCAGCCAUAUACAUUUAAACAGCUACAACAGAUCAUCACAUCAAGACUGAACAGAGUGAAGGCUUUUGAAGAAGAUGCUCUCCAGUUAGUCUCAAGAAAGGUGGCAGCGCUUUCAGGUGAUGCACGACGUUGCCUUGAUAUCUGCAGACGGGCCACAGAGAUUUGUGAGCACUCUGGAAGUCAGAAGAACAGCAGUGGAUUGGUGGGGAUGAGUCAUGUGAUGGAGGCUUUGGAUGAGAUGUUCUCCUCUUCCUACAUUGCAGCUAUCAGAUGUGCUUCUGUUCAGGAGCAGCUUUUCCUGAGGGCUGUUAUUGCAGAGUUUCGUCGACUGGGUCUGGAAGAGGCCACUUUCCAACAGGUGUUUGUUCAGCACCAGGCUCUGUGUCGUGUUGAGGGUUUGCAGCCGGUGAAUGUGUCUGAAGGACUGACCGUCUGUCAAAGGCUGGGUUCUUGUCGCCUGCUUCUCCUUGAGGGAAGCCGCUUGGACCUGUUUCUCCGUAUCCGACUCAAUGUAAGUCAGGACGAUGUGCUUUUUGCUUUGAAGGCUGACUAAAACUCAGACCUACCAUGUCACAUGCUCCAACUGGCAACCUGUGUGGAUCCCCACUGGGUUUGUCCACUUUUUGGAAAAAAAAUUUCAAAUCUUACCUGUAGCUUCACAGCUAAAUUCGUA